CAAAGAGAAGACACUGUUACUAUUUGUAAUCAGAGAUCAUGUGGGAACAACACCAUUGGAAAAUUUGUCUAAUACAUUAACUGAAGAUCUUAAAAAAAUUUGGGAUAGUGUUUCUAAACCUGAAGGUUUGGAAAGUUGUACCAUCACGGAUUAUUUCGAUUUCAUGUUUGCAGCAUUACCGCAUAAACUGCUCUUACCGGCCAAAUUCGAGGAAGACGUAAUCAAAUUGCGAGAAAGGUUUGCUAAUCCAAAUCAUAAGGAGUUUGUUUUCAAGCCGAAUUAUAGUAAACGAGUACCUGCCGACGGAUUUCAUGUUUAUGCGGGAGGAAUUUGGGACCAAAUUAUGUCCAAUAAGGAUCUUGAUUUGCCAACACAACAAGAACUUCUUGCACAAUACCGCUGUGACGAAAUAGCAACGGUUGCUUUUGAUGCAUUUUUAGGGAAAAUAAAAGGAUUUCGGCAACCUAUCGAAGCUGGCAAAAUCAUAGAAGAUCUAGGUCCACAAAUGGAGGAGAUUCGAAAUGCGACAAUAAAACAAUUUGAUAAAGAGGCAUCUCGUUAUCUUUCGGAAGUAUACAAACGUAAACGUCAAGAAAUACUUAACAAAACAAAUUCACAAUUACAUGUAUUUUACUUGGGUCAAUUGAAAAACCUUACCAAGAAAGCUAUUAAUACAUUCAAUGCUCGUAUCCAGGAAAAAUUAAAAGGGGAAGGGUAUGAUUUUGCUGAGGUGGUAUCCAAUGCUCGCAAAGAUAUUGAAACCUUUUUCAAAAAUAACGCUGAAGAAUUUAAUCAAUUAUCUGAUUCUAUCAAUGAAAUUGCUGCUAAAUCAAGAACCGAAGAAACAAAAAAGAUGAUUAAGAAUUUGGAGAAAACAGUUCAGACACAAAUCAACGAGUUCGUUUCUUUAUAUUUUAAAACACCUACCACAGAUAUGUGGGGGAAGAUUAUUGGGAAAUUCCAAGAAGUUUUACAAAAGACUGAACAACAACUUCUUAAGAAAGCUAAGAGUUUUAAUUCAUCCGAAGAAGAGAACACUAAAUCUCUCGAAAAUCUUCGAAAAAGAUCUUGGCAACAGUUACGAAAAAAAAUAGAUGAUGAACUCGCUGAUAAUAUGUUUUUGCUUAAAUUACGUGAGAGAUUUGAAGAAAAGUUCAGAUAUGAUGAAGAAGGAUUACCAAAAGUUUGGAAGCCUGAUGAUGACAUCGAUGCACAUUUCAGAAAGGCUAGAGAAGAUGCACUUAAACUAAUACCAUUGUUUGCCAAAGUUCAAAUUCCUGAUGGUAUAGACUUAGAUAUUCCUUCGGAUGAUGACUUUAUUUUCGAGGAAUCAUUAGUCAUCCUUUCUGAAACAAAACAACAUGAUUUAAAUGUUCGUUUCAAACGUGAAUCUGAUGCCUUUUACCUGGAAGCUAAACGAUCCGUUGUACAGACCACGGCUCGUGUGCCGUAUUGGGUAUUGCUUUUGCUCGUUUUGCUUGGUUGGAACGAAUUCGUGGUAAUCCUCACAUCACCAACGUAUCUUAUACUCGUUAGCUUUUUUGGAUUCAUUGGUUUUAUAAUCUAUUCAUUAAAUCUAUUUGGACCUGUCGAAACCUUCGUUCAAAUGAUUGCCUCAGAGAUUAUUAAAGUCGGAAAAGAUAAAGUUUAUAGUACUUUGCAGCAAGGGCACCCAGCAACUGCCGAUAAGUAUUUAGAUUCCGAAACAUCAGUUUCUAAAAAAGAACAAUAA